AUGGCUCAAUUUGGUACUGAGUUUAGAAAGAGAUAUUUCCCUCAUAUUCCUGAUGACCUUAUUCCAGUAAACCAUGGGUCACGUGGGUUAACACCAAAACCUAUAUUAGAAUAUUUGGAUGCAAUGAAUAAAGAACAUGAACUUGAUCCGGAUGAGUUUUACUUAAUCAGAGCUAAGGACAGAUACGUUAAUCAAUUAAAGUCAUUAAGUGAAUUUUUAAAAGUUGAUUACCGUAAUUUGAUAUUGAUAACACACGCUACUAUGGCUGUUAACUGUGUUUUGAGAUCAAUCCCAUGGGAUUUUAAGAAGGAUAAAAUAUUAAUCCAUUCUUCUACAUAUCGUGCUUGUGCAUAUAGUGUAGAUUUCCUACAUGAUAGGUUCAAUCUCCAAUUUGAUGUCGUUGAUAUCCUCUACCCUAUGGAAGAUGACGAAAUUGUUCAAAAAUUUGAAACAAAAUUGAGCCAUACUAAGUACAAAUUGUGCAUGUUUGACACUAUUUGUUCUAUGCCUGGUGUGAGGUUCCCUUACAAGGAACUAAUUAAAGUCUGUAAAAAAUAUGAUACCUGGUCAUUAAUUGAUGGUGCUCAUGGCGUUGGUUUAGAAAAUAUGGAUUUCAUAUGUGAAUUGAAACCAGAUUUCAUUACCUCUAACUUACAUAAGUGGUUUAGUACUCCAAAAUCUUGUGCCUUCAUUUAUGUUGAUCCUAAACAUCAUAGACUCAUGCAAACUUUUCCUAUUUCUUGGUCUUACCCUCUAAAUUCAACAAAGAACAACAAAGAAGUGGAAGAGAAUAUAUUGAUUGAAAAGUUUUGGUAUGUUGGUACCAUUAAUUAUAGUGCUGCCUUCUGUAUUGAAAAGGCUAUUGAAUUCCGUAAAAAUAUUUGUGGAGGCGAAGAAAAUAUUCAUGAGUACCAAAAAGAGUUAGAGAAAAAAGCUAUUGAUAUAGUAUUAAGAGAAUUUGGUUCGGGAGCCAAAUUUUUGGAUAACAAUGCACACACUUUGAAUUGCAUUGGCAUGUUUAAUAUCUCCUUCCCAAAAAAUGAGAAAAAUACUAAAUUCAUUGAAAAUUUAUCUGAAUCCUAUGAUGAUUAUAGAAAAUUUAAGCUCAGAUGUGAAACUAGAAUGAUUAAGGAGGAUAAGACAUUUGCCCCAUUUAUUGCUCAUAACAAUGAACUGUGGGUCAGAUUUAGCGUUAAUAUAUAUAAUAUUGCCUCUGAUUACGAAAAAUCUGCUAGAUUAGUCAAAAGAGUGAUUGACAAGUGUAUUGAAGAGGAGCUGGAAUGA